CGAGUCACGGAUUUGUUGAAUGAUUCUGUUCUGGAAUGUUUAAUGCUUGGAUUAGUUUUGUAAUCUGUUGCUGAGCAGGGAGUUUGAAACUAACUUGAAGGUUCAGCAUUCAUGUCAAUUUGAAGGUAUAUUUGCUUGGAGUAGCAGCAACCGUUCACGAAGGCCCAUCGAAAUGCUGAGAAGAUUCAUAGGACAGGCUUCUGUAGCACAACGAUGUCGUCACCUCAGCGGCCGGCAGGAGUUGGUUGAUUCUGUCCGUCGAUGUUCUUCUUCUUCGGCGGCGGGAUUGACUAAAGUGCCACUGGGAACUACCGUCGAACAAGCGGUAGACGCUCAGUAUUCCGAUGAUUACACUUCUCAACCAUCCGCCAAGAUAUCUGUAGACCGGUCCGGAUUGAACAAUCCUCCUGAGCAUUCUCAUGAACCGUCAACAGAUUCUGAACUUGUUAAGCAUCUUAAAAGCAUAAUUAAGUUUAGAGGUGGUCCGAUAUCAGUUGCUGAGUACAUGGAGGAAGUCCUUAUAAAUCCCAAGGCCGGGUUUUAUAUCAAUCGGGAUGUUUUUGGUGCAGAAGGCGACUUUAUAACCUCUCCCGAAGUUAGCCAAAUGUUUGGAGAGAUGGUUGGUGUUUGGGCAAUGUGUUUGUGGGAGCAAAUGGGGCAACCAAAUAGGGUCAAUUUAGUAGAGUUUGGGCCAGGAAGAGGAACUCUCAUGGCCGAUCUUCUACGAGGUGCAAAAAAGUUUGAGAAGUUCACAGAAGCCCUCCACAUACACAUGAUUGAAGUGAGUCCAGCACUAAAGAAGAUCCAAAAGCUAACCUUAAAAUGCAAUGAUGACGAUGGUGAUGAAAAUACUGUUAGCGCCUUGACUGGAACGCGGGUUUCAUGGCAUGCGACCCUGGAGGAGGUUCCAACAGGAUUGCCAACAAUUAUUAUUGCCCAUGAAUUCUAUGAUGCCUUACCAGUUCAUCAAUUUCAGAAAGCUUCACGUGGCUGGUGUGAAAAGAUGAUUGAUGUUGCGGAAGAUUCAAAGUUCCAUGUAGUGCUCUCGCCUCAGCCUACACCUGCAACUCUCUAUCUUCUAAAACGCUGCAAAUGGGCCCGGACUGAAGAAUUGAGUAAACUGGAACAUGUUGAGGUUUGCCCCAAAGCAAUGGAUUUGACACAAAAUAUUGCCAAGAGAAUAAGUACUGAUGGUGGUGGGGCACUUAUAAUUGAUUAUGGUCUUGAUGGGAUAGUCUCCGACAGUCUUCAGGCAAUUCGAAAACACAAGUUCGUUAAUUUGCUGGAUGAUCCUGGUUCUGCUGAUCUAAGUGCAUAUGUCGACUUUCCUGCAAUCAGACACUCUGCUGAGGAAGUUUCAGAAGAUGUAUCUGUGUACGGCCCCAUCACUCAGUCUCAGUUUCUGGGUAAUCUUGGGAUAAAUUUUCGUGUGGAAGCAUUGCUACAGAACUGCACAGAGGAGCAAGCCGAGUCUCUGAGAACCGGAUACUGGCGCUUGGUGGGCGAGGGUGAAGCCCCGUUCUGGGAAGGUCCCGAUGAACUAACACCCAUCGGAAUGGGUAGUCGAUAUCUAGCAAUGGCCAUUGUUAACAAGAAGCAAGGUACCCCUGUUCCCUUCCAGUAAAAAAUCAUAGCAUAAAAAUAGUAUUUUGAAGUUACAGACUGCUUAAAGCUUAUCCUUUGAGAAGAUUACCGGGUAGAUCGCCCCCGUUCGGGGGGUGGGGUGAAGAAGUGCACCCACUCUAUCGUUUUUUGGGGGUCUAAAAGGUGCAUCCACUUUAAUUUGAUGUGUGCUUCUUUAAAUUAACAAAAAGUGGUUGCAACAUACUGGUAGUGUCUUUACAUCUGACAUUUUAUAGGUUGAAAGUUCGAAUCCCUUUGUCCCAGUUUUAAUUUUUUGGUAACAGUAAAAAAGAAAGGGAAAAACCCGUACGCUGCAAAA